UGCGGGCAACAAUGAUGGCGAACUCAUUCGAAGUCGAACCAGAGCCUAUGGUCGAACUUAUGCCGACUGUUCGUGUGAUUUACUAACUUGUUCGAUGUUAAUGAACAGUGAAGGUUGCAGACAACCAUGAAACUCCUAGUGGUGUUUGGGCUGUUAUAUCUGACAGUGUGCUCCAGUUGUCUUCACCUAACCGGGACAUGGAAGACGAGCGAGUUCUUUCUUUUCUUGGCAAAGUUUGGGUUUCAGAAAACCAACAUUCACCUCAAGACUGACAGACAAGGCUAUAUCUAUGGAAACAUCACUUCUAAAGAUAACAGAACCGACCUAGCAACGCUCGUUGUUGUCGAUAAAGAGUACUUUCUCGGUUAUUACCAUAACAAGUCGAUAGAAGUUAAAUCUGAUGCGUGUCAGUCGAUGUUUACCGUCAUUGACACCAUCGCAUAUGACACAGUAUGUGCAGAAAAUGGGCAAGAGUACAUGCUACGUAGGGUACCUUGUCCGAUCGGAGGUCUCUGCCCAGAGCACGAGACGUUCGCAGAAACGCCGCUGGUGUCUGGCUUUCAGUUUACAUACCAAAUAUAUGAUCUCAAUGAACCAAGGUUUUGUUAUGUGAGUCUCAUGUCUUGUAUGGAGGUGGACGUCAUCCAGGACGUGGACGAGUACCAGACGUGGCCCGGAUGGCUCAUCCUGGGCUUCCGGCUCUGCAUCAUGGUCUGGUUCCUGCUGGAGCUGCGCGGAACCUUCCUGCUCGAGAACAAGCCGGAGAAGCUCGACUUCUACCUCCACUUUGGCGCCGGCUUCCUCGCCUGGUUCGUCUACCUGCCCAUCGUCGCCAUCAUUGCCUCACAGGUGUCCGCGCUCUGGAGGUUCAAGCUGCUGCUGUCCGUCACCAGCUCGGCGGACCUGUUUGCCUACGUCGUGCUCGUGCACAUGCUGUGGCCGACGCGCGCCGCAUCCUACUUCCAGAUCCAGUCGGACCUCGACGAGCUGGAGGAGGAGAUGGAGGAAUUCGAGACAGAGACCAUCAUCGGGGAGGUGCCGAAGGCUGUCAGGACGUAGAGAAGAAGCCUGGGAGGGAGGUGACCAGUGGGGGAAGUGCCGAAGGAUGUCGCUAUGUACAGAGAUGAGAAUCUCCCGUGGAUCCGCGGUUUCCCGCGUUUUGCACUUUCGAAAAAGAUCAGUUUUCCAAAUCGUUCAAAUCCAUUGAGAAAACUGUAGGGGGGGGGGUGUACUGCCAACCGCAAACAGUGACAAACUGUCCCCGCGGCUAGUCGAUGGCUCUUUUGGCCCUCUGAGACUCGCCAUUCCGCGGCCGAUCCAAAUCUACUAUCAUUCGCGCACUGCGUGAAAUGUGUGCGUAAUGGCGGCGUUUAUGACAAGCUAGUUUUCGAAAUUUCGUGCCUCAGAAACGGUCUGCAAACAUGUAAUUGGAAAAAAUUUCUAGGAGAGCACCCCCAACCACAUCUCCGAAAGUGCUUCACACAUGCAGUGCUUGCACUAUUGCGCUUUUCGCUAUUUCUUCCAGUAAGUAGAAAUAUAUCCCGCAGAUUUCGUCCGGGGCCAUUCUCAUCUCUGAAUGUAGGAAGGAAGCCUGGGAGGAAGGUGACCGGUGGGGGAGGUCCAGCAGGCUGUCAGGACGUAGGAAGGAAGCCUGGGAGGAAGGUGACCGGUGGGGGAGGUGCCGAAGGCUGUCGCGACAUAGAAAGGAAGCCAGGAAGGGCAGUGGGGGAGGUGCCGAAGGCUGUCGCGACAUAGAAAGGAACCCUGGCAGGAAUGGGAGUGAGAAACGAAUGUCCGAUGAACAACAGCUGGAACUCAUCUCAUGGAUGUGGCAAACAAGAUUAGCUUAGGACAUCAGUGAUUCGCCGAAUAUGCUCUGUCGUUGUAAUAUCAGUAUUUUAAUGUAAUUCUCAGCGUUGUGAGUGUGCAACAGCCGCCUAACCAUAAGUGACCUUACCUUUAGGUUUGAAGGUCACCGUACUUUGAGCAGCGCUACCUGGUGGCAGUUUAGCGUAUGUACGUGUAAACAAUAUCUUGGUGUUUUGAAGUAAAGUAAUAUAAAAAAGACAUAAUAUACUAUUUUCAAUGAUUGUUGAUAUGGACAGGUGCCACUGAUUGGACCUGAUGCCUUGGGUUAGUGUUUUGCUUUUGUAAUUAGUCAAAUUGUAAAAGUAACUAGUCAGUGUUAACAUCCCUUGUUUUGUUGUAAUUGUUGUCAGAUGCCUUCAACAUGUUUUAUCACUUGUUAUUGCAAGGGAAAGUCGAUGUUAUAUUGAAAUUAACGAAUUAGAAAAAUCCUCAUUUUUAUCCUUGUCAUGAUAAUCAUUAUGGGAAUUGCAAUCUGCAUCGUCAUCAUACUCAUCUUCAUUGCCAUUAUUAUUAUUAUUAUUAUUAUGUUGUUCUUCACCUUGUUUGUCCAAAAGUUUUAACGUCAGUAGACUGCUGAUUUGCACGGAGGUGAUAGAUGCGCUGUUUUACCUAUAUCAUCAGUGAUUUGUAUUCUUUUAUGAGCAUCGUGAUGGAGAAAUAGUCAGUUACAAACUCAUGUAGCAAUUUAUCUUAAUAUAUGGUUACAAUCCAAUGCAUGUCCGGUGCAAUAAAUGUUUUACUCUAAAAUAACGUUAUUUUAUAAAAUUUGAAAAAAUACAGAAACAAAUACGUGAA